AUGGCUGACUUUGAGGAUAAUCGUGGAUUUGGGAGAAGUCGCCCGCGGGACGAUUCCAACGGGGAUGACGAUGACAGGGGCUUCACUGACCGAAGUGGAUACGGCAGUGGCAGUGACAGGGGAUUCGGAAAUGACAGAAACUAUGGUAGUGAAAGAGGAUAUGGAAAUGAUAGAGGCUCCGAUGAUGGCUAUAGAGGACGUCGUGGUGGCAGUUACGGAGGCUAUGAUCGUGGUUACAGUGGCGGUCGUGGUGGUGGUGGCAGAGGCAGCAGCAGUGGUGGUGGCGGCGGAAGUGGUGGAUAUUCCAAAGACGGUGUACAGAUUCCAACAGAGGCACCUUAUACAAUUUUUAUCGGUAACUUGCCUCAAGGAAUUGUCCAGGGGGAUCUGGAGUCCAUAUUUAAAGAUCUCAAUGUGAAAAGUGUUCGUCUAGUCCGUGACAAAGAGACAGACCGUUUUAAAGGUUUUUGUUAUGUGGAGUUUGAUGAUGUAGAUUCCAUGAAAGAAGCUCUUAGCUAUGAUGGUGCACUUCUGGAGGAUAAGAAUAUCAGGGUGGACAUAGCAGCAGGAAGACAGAAAGACCGCAAUCAGGGUUUCAGGGGAGGCAGAGGGGGUGAUCGCGGAGGUCGUGGUGGAGGACGUGGUGGUAGCUGGCAGGGGCGGGAUGGCGACUCUAGAGGUUAUGCCGGUGGUGGCAGGGGAGGUGCCACUUCUGAUCGAGGAGGUUUUCGUGGGGGUCGAGGUGGAGGGAGCUAUGGAAGCUACGGGGACAGAGGAGGUGGCAGCUUUGAGCGGGGUAGUGGCUUCAGCGGCAGAGGGGAUCGAGAGUUUGGAGCUGCAGCGGCGGCUGGAGCUGGAGCCGGCACUCGCAGGCGACAGGACAGUGGUGGCAAUGAAUUUAGGGAAGCUUCCCCAGAAUCGUUAGCCCAGAGGCCAAAGCUGAACUUGAAACCACGCUCAGUCAAAGAUCCUCCCAACCUCCCUGUGGAUACCGCUCGCAAUGAGAGCAUAUUUGGCAAGGGCCGCCCACGCCAAUCAAAACCAGAUGAGGAGGUGGUGCCGGUGAAAGAGCGCAGUCGAAACACCAGUGAAAGCAGUGGACAUUAG